AUGGCAGAUGGUUAUAUGGAAUAUACAAUUAAUCAUAAAAAGUAGUAUACAUAAAUUCCUUAAGUAUUUAUUGGAAUUAGCACUUUAGAUUAUUUAACUCAAACAAAUUAUAUUUCUUAUUAAUUUACUGUUCAAGAAGUAAAUAUUGACAAAACAAUAAUAAGAAUAUAUAAAUUUGAUCAAUCCAUAGCUAUAACAACUAAUAAGUUUAAUCUAGAUCAUGGAAACCAAUAUUUAAUGAAAUUCUAACUGCCUAUGGAUUAAAAUAAGUAGAGAAACUCUAAAUGCACACUUUUAGGAUUUAAUUCUACUAAUUCAAAUAAUGCUUUAAGAGAAAUAGGAGUUAGUAUAUCAGCUGCUAGCGAUUCAGAUUAUUAUAUUAUUUAGGUUAUAACUUCUGAAACAAAUUAUAUUCAAGAAAUACUUGUAAAUUGUAUAGAAUUUUAUACAGAUAGUUAAAAUGAACAAUAUUCUAUGAUAGCUAAUUUGGAUGAAUCAGAUUUUAAAGAUAUUACUUCUUCAAACAAAAUUAAUUGGAUAUAGCAUAUCAACAAUAAUUUUUAGAAUAACCAACCAGAAAUAUUUGUAGGAAUUAAAGGUAUGACCAACAAUCAUUAAGAAACUAUAGCAAUGAAAAAAAAUGCGUUUCUUAAUGUCCAGAAAAAUAUUAUAUGGCUAUAUUCUAAGACACAAAUGUAUGCAGGAAAUGCAUCUAAGGUUGCUUAAUUUGUAAUGGUGAUGAUCAGUGCUAAAUUUGUUAAUUAGGAUAUAUUUUGA